UCUGCAUUUUUUUCUCUAUAGUGCAAAAUCGCUUUAUGGAUUUGUCCAGUUCAGUUCACUUUACCCAACAACCAUUCUUCUUCUUCUUUUAACCGACUUAACCUUUUUCUCUCAUCUUUAAAAUCAAGAAUUUUAGUUUCCAGAUUCAUUUUGAUUCUCUCAUUCUUACUCCUCUAUAUCUCUCUUUCUACGCUUUGAUUAAUGGCUGGAAAACUUAUGCGUGCAAUUCUGUAUGAAGGUUAUGGAGGUGGAGCUGCUGGAUUAAAGCAUGUGGAAGUUCCUGUUCCUUCUCCAAAUAAAGAUGAGGUAUUGUUAAAGGUGGAAGCAACCGGUAUAAAUCCAAUUGAUUGGAAGGUUCAGAAAGGCGAACUGCGACCGAUUUUGCCACGCAAGUUUCCUUUUGUACCAGGUACUGAUGUUGCAGGUGAGGUGAUAGAGGUUGGUCCAGGAGUCGAUAACUUCAAAGCCGGUGACAAAGUAGUAGCUUUUCUUACCCACGCUAGUGGAGGUGGGCUUGCUGAAUAUGCGGUGGCUUCGAAAAGCUUGACAGUUGAAAGACCACCUGAAGUAUCUGCUGCUGAAGGUGCAGGCUUACCUAUAGCAGGCCUAACUGCACAUCAAGCUCUGACUGAUGCAUCAGGGAUCAAGCUAGAUGGCACAGGGGAACCAACUAACAUCCUCAUCACAGCUGCCUCAGGUGGAGUGGGUCCGUACGCAGUCCAGCUUGCAAAGCUCGGAAAUGUUCAUGUCACGGCAACCUGCGGAGCACGUAAUAUUGAUCUUGUCAAGAGCUUAGGAGCUGAUGAAGUUCUUGAUUAUAAAACCCCUGAAGGGGCAGCCCUUACGAGCCCAUCAGGACGCAAGUAUGACUUUGUCAUCCACUGUGCUACAGGCAUUUCAUUUUCUACAUUCGAACCCAAUUUAAGUGAGAAAGGUAAAGUGAUUGAUGUUACUCCUGGUCCUACUUCCGUGAUGGUAUCUGCAUAUAAAAAGUUGACAUGUUCGAAGAAACAAUUGGUGCCACUGGUUGUGAGUCCAAAGGGUGAGAACUUGGCGUAUCUAGUUAAUUUGGUGAAAGAAGGAAAGAUUAAGACGAUAAUUGAUUCGAAGCAUCCAUUGAGCAGAGCUGAAGAUGCAUGGGCAAAGAGCAUCGAGGGCCAUGCUACAGGAAAGAUAAUUGUGGAGCCCUAAGCACCAUCGAGUCUGCACAACACUAGUGACCAGCAUGAUAUAUUCAAUGCUUAUAUAGAAUGGUACAAAACAUCACACAUAGAUGACUUGUUUCCGUCACUUGUGCAUGGGAUACUCUGAAUAUGUAUGUAAUGGCAGCAAUAGGUCUCAUUUACCUUCCUAUAGGUUGAGAUACUUUGGUGUCACGUCUUUUAGUUUUGGUGUUGAUUUUUUCUCUUCCACUCUCUGAGGUCAGGUAUAGGCCCUCUUCAUUUCUGUUUUUGAUUUCUUUUACUUGUAAAAUUCCCCCUUAGAGCUUUGCCAAAAAAAAAAAAAAAAAAAGUAUGUAAUGGAGGGAAUGUUUACUACUGUAUUCUGGAUCCAUAAAGAUGUACUACUGGGACACUCCUGUAUAUAAGUAACUUUGAAUAUGCAUUGAUUUUCUUUUGGGUGA